GCUCUGCCGGGUCGCGGGACGGGGCUCGGGCGCCGGCCGGGAGGCCUGGGCCGGGCGGGCGGCCGGACGGACGACGCGGGCCCGCCAUGGCCGCGUCUCCGGGCUCGGGCGGCGCCAACCCGCGGAAGUUCAGCGAGAAGAUCGCGCUGCACACGCAGCGCCAGGCCGAGGAGACGCGGGCCUUCGAGCAGCUCAUGACCGACCUCACCCUGUCGCGGGUUCAGUUCCAGAAGCUGCAGCAGCUACGCCUCACCCAGUACCACGGAGGAUCCCUGCCCAACGUGAGCCAGCUGCGGAGCAGUGCGCCCGAGUUCCAGCCGACGUUUCAUCAGGCUGACAACGUCCGGGGGACACGCCACCAUGGGCUGGUGGAGAGGCCAGCCCGGAACCGUUUCCACCCCCUCCACCGAAGGUCUGGGGACAAGCCAGGGCGACAGUUUGAUGGCAGUACUUUUGGAGCCAGUUACUCUUCGCGGGCCCUGGAUGACGGUUGGCCAAGGCAGCAGCCUCCCUGGAAAGAAGAAAAGCAUCCUGGAUUCAGGCUGACGUCGGCGCUUAACAGGACCAAUUCCGACUCCGCUCUUCACACGAGUGCUCUGAACGCCAACCCCCAGGACCCCUAUGGAGGCGGGGGCCAGUCGACCUGGCCUGCCCCGUACAUGGGUUACUGUGAUGGAGAGGACGAUGGACACGGGGAAGGUAGGGACCAGGCUUGCUUUCCUGACUCUCGCAUUCCCCAGCCCCGAGCCAGCGUGCCUGGCGUCUCACUUCUCUGCCCUGUGGUGACAGUGAGCACAAUUCAGUCCCUGUCAGGGCGGCCUCGAUCCUGUGAUGUUGGAGAUGGCAGUGCUUUCCCGCAUAACGGUCAAAGCAUAGGCCUCUCGCCCUUUCUGGGGACCCUGAACACGGGAGGGUCACUACCAGAUCUCACCAACCUCCACCACCCAGCGCCUCUGCCGGCCUCCCUGGACGCCAGCAAGCACCUCUUUGGAAGCAUGAGUGGGGGGAACAGUGUGGGGAACCUCCCCGCCGCCAUGACUCACCUGGGGAUAAGGAGCUCCUCUGGUCUGCAGAGCUCUCGGAGCAACCCCUCCAUCCAAGCCACGCUCAGUAACUUGGCCCUGUCCUCGUCCCUGAAUAGUCACCCACAGACACCGGUCGCCAGUGCACCUGCUCUUCACCCCUCGCUCCGUCUCUUCUCCCUCAGCAACCCGUCCCUGCCCACCACCAACCUGAGCGGCCCCUCUCGGCGCCGGCAGCCCCCCGUCAGUCCCCUCACCCUGUCCCCUGGCCCUGAAGCACAUCCGGGUUUCAGCAGGCAGCUGUCUUCCACCAGCCCCAUGAACCCAUAUCCAUCCCAGAUGGUGUCUUCAGAGCGAAGCCCCCUUUGCUUCCUGCCCACAGACGCCCAAGCCCAGGCCUCCCCUCCACCCCCUUACCCCACGCCCCCGGAGCUGCCCCCGUCACUCCUGCAGCAGCCCCGUCCCCAGGAGCCCCCCGCUCGCCCCAACUUCCAGCUGCUCCCGUCCCAGAUGCCCCUGGUGCAGCAAGGCCACCGAGAGCCACAGGACUCAUUUCAUCUGAGACCAAACCCGUAUUCCAACUGUGGGAACUUCCCGAACGCCAUCCUGACGGAAGAUUCGAGCACCAGCCUGUUCAAAGACCUGAGCAGUGCGCUGGCUGGCAUGCCCGAAGUCAGCCUGAGCGUGGACACUCCGUUCCCCCUGGAAGAGGAGCUGCAGAUCGAGCCCCUGAGCCUAGAUGGACUCAGCAUGCUGAGCGACUCGAGCCUGCUGGACCCCUCCGUGGAGGAGGUGUUCCGAGCUGACCGACUGUGAGCAGGAUGCAGGGAGAGGAGAAUCCUCGAGACAGCCAUGACAGAGAAGAGGCGAGGGGACCAGCGGGCACCCUGGGCCUCGUGGCCCCAGGCCUUCCCCUGAACUCCAGUCUCAGACCCCGCAGAGCUCCGUCCAGCCUCCCAGGCCUGUGCACAACUUGUACCGCUGCUGCUUUGCGGCUUCUGGUGACCUGGGAGCUCACCCACCCCUGUCCCGCCCAUCCUUUAUUGACCCCAGCUGGUCAUGUGUAAAAGGAGAGAACAGCGUUGACCGGGGUAGCAAUGUGUAGUGCCCACGACCACGGGAGACAGGACCUGGCGUGGAGCAGUCAGGGCCCGGGCCCGGGAGCUUGCUCAGCACCCAUUGGCACCACAAUGCUCCUCCCUGCAGGGACAGGCAGGGUGCCCUGGCUGACACCAUGGCUCCCUCCAAUGCAAGCGGAACCCCAAGUGCAAAGAUUGCUGACCUGGGCAAGCUGUGUGUUCCUCCCAGUUUGCAGUCACUUUUCUGCUGCUUCUCUGCACCUUUUCCCGUGGAUGGGAGGAAAAGGAAAUCUGUUUAUUCAGUCAAUGAAGAGAGCCCCCUGGUAACAGGUGAGCCUGAAAAGAACAGAGGUUGAAGAAGAACGAGGGACCAUAGGCUGUCCUCACGACAAACUCUGGACAAGCACAGGCCUGUGUCCCUCCCGGCCAGCUUGAGGUCCUGUGAGCGCAAAGCCACUGAGCUGCCCUGUCCCUCCCCACCAGAAUGGAAGCUCCUAGAGGGCAGGGCUGUGCCUUCUUCCUCUCCCAGCCCUUCAUAUGACAAGUGCCUGGCACGGAGUAAGUGCUGUGUGAUGGCGUGCCCGUGCACGCACGCAGGAGUGAGUGAAUCCGCCUCUCCAUGAGGCCGUCUAAUCUGUCGCUGACCCUGACCCUGCCAGACCUCAGAGAUUUUAGCAUUUCCUGUGCCUUUGCACUUUCCUUGCUGUUAGCACUAGGUGCCAGGUCACCACCAGUCUGGGUCCCCGUUCUCCCGGGCAGUGUACCCCGCAGCAGGUAGCUGGGAGCUGUGCUGAGAGCAUCCAGAGUGGCAAGUGUGGGCCCUGCAGGAGCCUGGCUACACCUCCACCUUAAAAGAUUGUCCCUCUCAGACCCGUGUUUUGCUCUAAAUUGCUUCAAAUAGUCAGUUGAUAGUAAUUGGAGGCCAUUCAGCAAGCUAGCAUUAUCCCGUUAACUACCAGAAACUAGUUUCACCGGAUUCCACCACGCCUGCCUCCUUGUACCCAGGCCUGCACAGGAAGUUGUGCCAGUGCCCACCUAGCACCACCUGGGAGGAGCAGGAGGACACUGGAGGAGACGCGGGACGCUGGCACCUUUGCUUGCACACGUGCUGCCCUUCCCUGAGCCCCAGGGGUGUGACUGAGAGUCACGGCCCACUCCCACCCAGAGAAGCAAGGCUGCCCAAGGAGGAAGCUGGCAGUGUGUGCUAUGACAGGAGCCCUGGUCACAGGACCCUGGCAGGUCAGCCUCCGCACACAGAGCCCACUUCUCUUCUGUCUUCAGCAGCCUCGUCUCCACUCGUGCAAAGUCCCCUGACUCUGCCACCUUCCCCUGGAACCCUGGUUCCCGUUUGCUCCAAUGUCUGCUGUUGAAUUAGGGAAUCAAACUAGAGUCCUCCUUGCUUGGUUUCCGCCUCAGGACAGGCCACUGGCCUCCCCUUGCAAGCCUUAGGCUCACUUAGACUUUCAGGUCCCUUGGUGCUUCAGAUCUUGGCGGGGAGGGGUGUCAAAGAAAAAGUGCCUUUAAGUUGUAAUGACAUCCAGCACCCUAGUGCGCCAACAGAAGCCAGCUCCUGGGUCAAAGGUCCCUGAAAUCUGAUCUCGCCUUUCACAGGGAGUGGUGCUGAUGUAAGAGGUGUGGUUUUGAAGAAAGGAGGUCCUGCUCUUUGCAUUGUUUUAGCCACAGGGAUCUUUGUGUCAGGCCCAGGUCACUUUGCCCACCAGCCCCACCUCAGAACGGGAGCCCCCGGUUGCACUGCCGGGGUCCUUCUGCAGGUGAGUGUGCAAGCGAAGGCCCCCAGGGAAAGUUGAUGAAGAGGCACUGUGAUUUAGCCCUGAUCUAAAUUAAUGGACAGCGUCCACCUGUAAGCCUGCACUCACUUCUGCCUUCGUGACACACCUGUCACGUCCUCAGCGUUGGAAGUGGCUACAGACUUUGCAAAAUCGACUUUCCAAUGUGUACUUUUGUCACAAGACGUCAGUCUGACCGCUCACGUACUGGCAGUUAAGCAGCAUAGAACUCAAAGCCUGUCCGCGUCGCCAUUUCUCCUCCCGUGUGGGUGAGUUUUUAGGGUUAGGGUGUCAGGAGAAAAUGUCCCCGACCCUGUCGAGAGGAACACCCACGCCCCUGGGCCGUCUCGUUCCUCCCAAUCUACCGGGUAUCCCCGGAGCUGAAAGCCGUGUAUUCGAGUCCGCGCGUGGGUGUGAAGACAUCCCAUUCUCACUCCGUGACACUCCCAGCUUGCAUGGCUUCGUGGACAGGACCGUCACAGCAGCUCAUCAGACUUCCUGCCAGUCUCCCGACUCCCAGGACCCCUCGUUAACAAUAUUUAAAGGUUGGAAUCUGUGUAAAGUAGCUUCCGAGUUUU